AUGGUCCUGGACAUUCUACCUUUCUUGGACGCUAUUGGAAACAACGAUAAUCAGGUUGGUACUGAAGGUUUUGAGAAUCCGCACAUCUGUUUCCUUCGAUGGUACCACAGCCACUCGGUCAACAGAAUCAUUCAUAAGUUACAGGAGAACCCCAACAAUCGGACUUCUACUUCUCGUGUUGACUGCUCCAAGCAUAAGGACUGGGCUGAACACUGGCAAGUCAGGGCCGAAAGGGCCUUACGGCUAUUUGGACAGGGCCGCCUGAUCAACCAGCACCUUAGUCAUGACGUGGCAAAUCUUGCCCUCGUGGGCAAAGAGAUACAGAUCGAAAAGCGCGCUCUUGGCUUGCAAGGGAAAUCAUGCCUCCAAUAUGCCCAAGAUUUGAUAAAACGUCGACAGGUGAAGAAAGAACUCAAUCCUGGGGAAGCCUUGGUCAGACGAUGGGACGCAAUUCACAAUCACGCUAUCCGAUCAUCAAUGCCCCGACCCGCGCCUUGGGAAUCCAAUUGUCUAGAACAUCAUGUCCCAGUGAACCUCGAGGUAGCCCUUUCUGUUGAGGAAUGUAUGGAGGCCUGCAAGGAAUUCUUACUAUCCGAUUAUACAUUCGCAGCAGACUUCGACGCGAGUAACCCCGAGACUGUGGCUCAGUGGUGGGACAUGAAAACGUCCAGUAUCAUAUCUUGGAAGAUCUUAGAUGGACUCAUGUCGGAAAAUAAUGCAACAAAAGCAACCUUUAGCCAACUCGUCAAGGCCGAGCGUAAGGUUGUCGACAAGCCCUCAAAGAUUGAGGAAACCAUUCAGGCGCUCACCGAAUGCAUUCGUCAAAGACUUCCUCCAGCCGAAGAUAUGGUAGGCUACUCCUGGAGGAAGAGGCGUCCGAACCUGCUGUAUCACGCCGAUGCUGCUGUCCAAUCCUUAGAGGAUACUCCCCAGGUUUAUGACCAGAAACAGAAAAGUGUCACCGUUCGAACACAUAUCGGAAAAUACUUUAAAGACAGUGCUUUCAACCUCGAUUUUGGAAUGGUCAAGAAAUACUUCCAACGUCAGGGAGUGGAUAUUUGUUCUGGAGACAUGACACAGUUCUUCGGAAAAACCAUGCCAUCCGUCCAUCCUGCUGCGCUCCAAAAAUUUUUCGACAAAAUCAGCAGGCCAAUUUCCAAAGAGAUGCUGGAGCGGUUUUUUGAAAAAAGUGGCAUGGCAGUCCAUCACCUAUGGACUUUGGAUAAUAUCAAGCAAAUCAUCCCACCGGAGAAGCUCGGGCACCUCAGUUGCUUUGAUUUCACCCUCAAGGCUGACGGCGGAGACGCCCCUGAAAUUGGAGUGACCGUUGGCGUUGGAAGAGCGAACCUGGUCGAUAAGAAACCCUGGAUUGGGCUAGAUGAAGAGGUAAAAAAGGAUCCGAAGGACAAAAUGAGCAAACAGGAAGAAUCUGCCCUUUUGACCCUUUACUUCCUAGAUCGGCACAAGCUGUAUCCAGGUUAUGAUGCAUUCCCGAAGCCUUUCAGACAAUUCCUUGAACACACUUGCAUCAGGAAGAAGUGGCUCGAAAGCUAUCAGAAGGAAGUCUUUGCGGUAUUGAAUGACAGUUUGGUCGACUUAGGAACGAAAUACCGACUACUGCAAGUCUCCAUGCAUAUCGUUCAGACCGACAACGCUAACAAAAAUACCAGGUUCGUAAGACGAAUUUGUCCAGAAAUCAUUCUAGCCAUGAUCUUCAUGUGGCACACCGAUGCUCUUGACGCUAUUGACGACAAUCUAGGUGUGCUCUCUCAUUUUGUCGACACAGAGAAUCAGCUACCAACUGGAGAGGGCGUAAUGUGGACCACAUCUGUUACAAUUUCACUUUGGCGCCUGCAGGAUGAUCUGGAGAGUAAGAUUUGCGACGUGGAAGACGAUUUCGAACGCGACGAGAAAAAACUAAGACUCAAUUACGAUCGCGAAGAGUCCGAGAAACACAGUUUGAUGACGAGGAUGAGAUUUUGGGAUUCAUUUCCCGCAUUCGGAACGCGAGGCGGGGGCAACAAGAGCGCCAACGAAGAGGCUCCAUUGGCUCGCAUCACCACAUUCCCUCCCAAAAGCGUUUCUGACCAAAGGAAUAAAGUCGAUAAUCGGUUGUCGACAAUACGUGAGCUGUCGAUCUCUCUUGUUAUCUCAGGUGACAGAAUGGGGCGUUUCUGGAUAUGUUCAGUAAUAUCUGAAUUGUUUGACGAGGCAGAGGUCAAAGAAUACCGCAACGAGAUCAAAGAUAUUUUGCAGAUGUUUAUUCACCAACAAUACACUGGGAGGGUGUUGGCCUUUCUGCUACUUCUGGGCCAUAUGUGCGAGUCCCUCUCGAAGGAAUGCGACAAGUUUGCAGAUCAGAUGGACCAUAUCAUGGGCAUGAAUCCGUUAGUAUUGUUGAAAGGCCUCGAGUGGAGAAAGUCAGACGCCGCCUUGAAGAAGCUCAAGCAAAUGCUUUGGGGAUUCGAAGCGCUCCGAAUUUUCGACGAAAAACUUGAAAGGGCACUUGAUGAGAUCAACCAAGCAAAAGAAAAGAUGGAAUCUGAAUUGAAAAGAGGCCGCGAUAUCCGCCACAAAGAUAUGAAGCGGAAUGUCGAGCGGGUGGUUGAAGACUUUGAGAAGAGACGCAAAAGACUUGAGAACCUGCACAAUGUCAUCAAACAGCGUAUUGACCAAGUUGCAAAGCUUCGCGAAGGGAUCUCCUCUGUUCGCGGUGUGGAGCAGAACGAAAACAUCAGCAUGCUCACCUGGGUCACAAUUACAUAUCUUCCUCUCGGCUUCGUGGCAGGUGUCUUCAGUAUGGGACAUGGCAUAGUCCCAGACUCCGCUGGCUGGGGAACGUUUAUGUGGGCUUUGGCGGUGUUCCUGGUCGCCACACUCAUAUUUGUGAAGAGCCUACAACUCAUCAAGCGGGGUUUCCGAAUAGUUUGGCCCAGGCAGAACACUCUCCCCGGCCACGUUGCGGAGGCUUCAAGGACGGCCAGCAAUCUUUUCCAAAUCAAAAAUCUCAGGCGUCGUGGUGGCACGAAACAGAGCGACGUCGAGCAAGGUUCAGGUUUGUCCCCGACUUGGGUAUAA